AGAACAAGUUUCAGUUGUGUUUCCCUCCGUAACACGAAGGCUUAUCGCUGAGCAGAUCGUUUGAAUUUGGGAGCCAAAAUGGAUUCUCCUCUUGACCUGUGCAGCCGAUCUCUCAUCAUAUCUGAGGAGAUGAUACUACAUGAGAGCAAGCACCAGUCUCUCAAGGUGACAGUGUUUGUCUACAGCGAUCUGAUGCUGGUGACACGAGAAGACGAGCCAGGCAGGUGUAAUGUCCUUCAGAGUCCCCUGUUCCUCCGGCAGCUGAGGCUCCAGGACGAUUAUGCUGAAGAACUGAGAUUCUACCUUAUCCACAUGACCGAGAAGUGUGACUGCCUGCUCAGCCUCGAAGCCUAUUCAGCAGACCAGAAGCGCCGUGUGUGUCAGUGCCUGAAGGACAACAUUGACAAGCAGCUCCAGCUUCACAGGAGGGAGCCUUCCUUUCCACAUUUUGAACAGAUGUUGGAGCCUAAUGUGGAAGCCCCUUCCUGUGAACUGGGCGGAGUAGGAGGAGAUCGGAGUGGUGUGGGCCUCCACCUGCCCCACCGCAGCUCAGAAGGCGAGGAAAGCAGCCUGUAUCCCUCCAGUCCCUCAGAGCCUCGAACCCUGGGCAGCCCUCACCCCUCAGAGCCUCUCACCCCUUUGGACGAGAUCUACAUGCCUCUUGGGGGUCUGGUGGGAUCUGAGGAGCGCCACAAGGUGCCCCCCACGCCACCUCCUUCCACCGAGGGCGAGGACUGGAGGAGUAUGGAGGGGAACGAGAUGGAGAUCUGGAAAGAGGUGAAUACUUUGGAGAGCAGGAGAGAGGAAGAGGAGGAUGAUGGGGCCAGCAGAAAGAGUGCUGGGAGUGAGGGGGACGAGAAAGAAGAUGGAGGAGAGGGUGAGGGAGAGAGGAAUGAAGAGGAGGUCAACCUAAACCUGGUGGUGUCCAACACGGAUGAGGACAACGCCUCGGAGCCACUGGACGCCAACGCUCCCCCCUCCUCCUCCUCAUCCUCAUUUGUCAUCCCCGAGCUGCGCCUUGACCGCUCCUUCAGCGCCGACGCCCUCUCCUCACCCAACACUGACGAAGAAGAGUACGACGAAGACGAAGAUGAAGACGAGGAGUCCGACGAGGAGGACGAUGAAGACGACAGUGACGACGCCUACCUGCAGCGUAGUGACAGCAAGCGCCGCAGCAUGGUGGAGGGGGCCACCUGCGAGAAGCAUGGAGGAGGGGGGCUGAGCGUGCAGAAUUCCCUCCGCCGGCGCACGCACAGCGAAGGGAGCCUCCUGCAAGACCCCCGCACGCCUUGUUUCACGUCAGACAACGCCAUCAACUGCCUGGAGGCAGGGGGAGGGCACCACAAGGGCGGCUGGACACUCCCAUCACCUAAAACCCUGAAGAAAGAGCUGACCAAGAAUGGAGGCUCCAUGCAUCAGCUGUGUAUGCUGUUCUCUGGGAGGAAGCUGAGCUCCGGAUCCCCCUGUAGCUGCGAGGUCAGCCCCGAAGGAACAAAGAAGAAGAAAUCCAAGAACCUGGCCAAAGACAUGAAGAAUCGGCUGGCUUUCCUGCGGAGGAGGAAUGAAUCCCCAGGAAGCAACCCAGCCAGCAAGUUAGACAAAUCUAUGAAGUCAGUCAAGCCCACCGCAGAGGAAGCACUGAAAUGGGACUCACUUGACAAGCUGCUGACUCACAAAUAUGGUCUGGCAGCGUUCAGAGCUUUCCUGCGCACAGAGUUCAGCGAGGAGAAUCUGGAAUUCUGGCUAGCAUGUGAGGAAUACAAGAAGAUCAAGUCGCAAUCCAAGAUGGCUUCAAAAGCCAAGAAAAUCUUUGCAGAAUACAUCGCUAUCCAGUCUUGUAAAGAGGUAAAUCUGGAUUCGUACACCAGAGAUCACACAAAGGACAACCUGCAGAAUGUGACACGCUCCUGCUUUGACCUAGCGCAGAGGCGGAUAUACGGGCUGAUGGAGAAGGACUCAUACCCCCGCUUCCUGCGCUCAGAACUCUACGUGGACUUAAUCAACCAAAAAAAGGCCAGCCCCACUCCGACUUCAUCUUCCGCAUAAGAGACCAGAAGAAGAUCUGAAGAGAAGAGAAACAUGACGAUGAAAGAAAAAAAAAAAGGGUCAGACUUGAAAAAAAAGUAGAGUGGGUGGGUGACAUGUGAGGUUCUUUCUUUGCCUUUUUUUUUUUUUUUUUUUUUUUUUUUUUACAAUAUGUUUUGUGUAUGUCAUCCUGUCCACUAUGAUUUUUUGUUGUUUGUUGUUAUGGUGUGAGAGGACGCGGUCAAAGCUAUGGCACUGCAAAGGAAUGUAGUUUACACAGUUACCAGGUGGAUGGAUGAAUGAGUGGACUGAUGAAUGGUUGGAUGGAUGAUACUACAACUACAGAAGCCCACAAGCGAAGGGCUGGAGCAGGAGCUGGACGCUUGUCUCAUCACUGUCUCUCUUUUUUGUGGUGUCGGACUUUUGCUCGUGUUUUUAAGUUUUUGUCCAGUUGUACUGGAGAAAAGGAGGGGUGUUGCUCUGAAAAACCCUGCAGACAUGAAGACAGUCCGGUACUGUUUUGUCACUUUUUUUUCAUUCAUUUCCUCUUAAAACUCCCGCUGUAAAUCCCCUCCUUUCCUCCACCACGUUCUCUGUGAAGCCACUUCAAAGCUGUCGGUACGACACAAAGUCCUUUUUCCUUGGGUGUGUUUUUUAUUUUUUAUCAGGCACACAGCUAUUUGAAGUAAGGGGGGGAAAUCAAGAUGUCUGAAUUAAAGCUAGCCUUAAGGCUCUGCUUCACACGCAUCCCUGUUAAACACCUCCACACUCUCAAAGCUUCUAUAAACAGCUUUCACCUUAUUCAGUUCAUCAAAAGACUGUGGACAAGCGUUCAACAGGGACAAAGACGGAGACAGCGACGGGCAAAGAACACAGACGAAUAAAUAACGGAUGGACUGGAGCUGUGAUGAGACACAGAAAUGUGUCAAUCACAUUAAAAGACAUUCAAAGUCACAUUCAAAGCCAGUAAUGGAAAGAAAAAAAGACGACUUGCUUCCUGUCUCCAAAGACUGUUUACAACAAGGAACGAAAACUGAAGAAGAGAAAGAAGAAAAACGUUCUGUGCAGCCAAACAGCAUUUCCUUUAACAUUGUAGCUCAUUCUGGACUAAUCGAGGAAGUAUUCUCAGGACAUUGCCACAACAGGUUCAGGCUUGGUUUAUCAUCUGUUUUUCUACACACUCACUGUUUUUAUAUACUUUAAGGUUCCAACCUGCACUCCCUAGUUCUACUGAGCAAUACACAAGAAGUGGCUCAUUUAAUAGUCAGUGGAAAAAAAAAGAUGCUUCAUGUUGUACAAAAGUUUGCCUAUUUAUUUAGAUUAACUUGCUGGAUGCUUCUACGGACACCCUCACCUCCUCUAAAGCACUCAGCUAAAAGCUCUCACUUUCCUCUUAACCACCAAACAGGUCCAAUGCUGUCCUGAACUUUAAGUGCAAUAUUGUUUUUUUAUUUUAUUAUUAUGUUUGGGUUGUGCAUUUAUUUGGAUGAUUUUGAAUUUGUAUGGGGAAGACGAAUGGCUUGAGCUCUGUAUUAACUUUAUUUGGUAAGAGAAAAAAAAACGUAUCGCUAUAAGGUUGACUUACAACGUAAACUUUCAAGAACCAUAAGUAGUUUAAUGAAUUUUAAGCAAGUGAUUCUAACUGUGUUAUAACCCCUGGCAGCAGGCAGCUGGGGGUGUUAUGGUUGUAAAUAUAAUUCUUUAAGAAAACUAUGUGAUAACACAUUAAAAACAAACAAAAAAGCCGUAGGUCUCUGCUGGUGAAUGUGGGACCCAGCUGUAUCUAUGUAAAUAUGAGAGACUCAAAACUAUAAGAUGACAUGUAUUGUUUAAAAAAAAAAAAAAAAAAAAAAAAAAGUAGGUGAGCGAGAGCAGGAACCAUCUGCUCUUUUCCCUGGUCAUACACUGCUUGUAAGGAGUUUUCUGAAAUGCAUUUUAUCAUUUUCACUGUUUACAAUUCAAAAUGCAUCUCCUAUGAUAGCAAGUGAAAACAGUAGAGUACAUUUGGUGUCAUUGCUAAAGAUAAAUAAACCAACCAACUGA